AUCAACUUGGAUGUACAUAUCGUCCGGCACGCUCCUCAGCCGUCCCCCGUCCAUUCUCAUUGUCCAUUUUCCACCCUUGGUACAUGCAUGGAUUACGUCAAGACACCGCGACGGUUCACAACUCCCAGAUCAGUAUUAUCAAUCAAUUGUUCUGCCUGCAGAGUAACUGGCAAUUGUCCUCGCCCUAGCUCGAUAUCCAUAUCUCCUUCAUCGCACAGAUGCGGUAGACCGGCUGUCCUUCGAAGCUACCCUACCCCAUCGGGGCUUCAAACGCGUCUCGAGACGAGCCCGGUAGUUGCACGUCUCCACGACCAGCAAGAUGGACCCUGAAGAAGCAUUCGCAGAGGAAGCUCAAGAGGAGGCACGCCUGUCCGACAAUAGCACCCUUGAUGCGGGCAUCGAGACACACUUCCACGUCCGGGAUGACGACGACGACGACGAAACUGCGUUCGACAACGAGAGCAGCCCAUUGAUGAGCCCUCGCCGACGGCGCACUACUCGGAAAAUACCCUACAGUCGGGCGACGUCAAGCUACGAGCGAGCCAUCAACGAGCCCUGGACCGGUGCACAGGGCUCCCACUCCCAGCCGUGGUACAAGACACCGUCCAUAUUCUGGCUCCUCCCUGCCUUCUUCCCGUUCUGCAUCGCCUUCGGCGGCAUCAUCGUACCCAAGACGUACCUUGUCCUCAACCUCAUCUGUGAAGACUACCUGUCCGAACGGGCCCGCAAGGACCCAACCUUCCACUUCCUCCCUGUCGUCCUGGACGCUGAGAACCCGCAAUGCCGCGACCCUCAUGUCCAAUCCCGCGUCGCAACCUUCAACCUCGAAGCGAACCUCCUCACUGGCAUCUUCUCCGCCAUAAUUUCUCCCCACCUAGGUUCCCUCUCCGACCGGCGCGGCCGCAAAACUGUCCUCGUAUGCGCAUCAUUCGGCGGCAUCCUUGCUGAAAUCAUCACCAUCAUCGUGGGCCAGAACCCAGACACGGUUUCCGUCUAUUGGCUUCUCCUGGGUAGCCUGCUCGACGGCCUUUCGGGUUCGUUCACCACAGCUAUGGCCAUCGCAUUCGCGUACGCGAGCGACUGCUCCUCGCCCGAACGAAGGAAUGUCGCGUUCGGAUACUUCCAUGGCACACUUUUCGCAGGAAUCGCCCUUGGCCCGAUCCUCGCAGCCUAUCUGAUCAAAGUGACCGGCACCGUCAUGGUGACUUUCUAUGUCGCGCUAGCAUGCCAUUUCUUUUAUAUCGUGUUCGUCACACUUUUCGUGCCCGAAUCACUCUCCAAAGAACGACAAUUGCUAGCCCGCGAGAAACGUCGUGUCAAACAUGCCAGCGCACCUAAGAAGGACCUGGCAACGAAAAUCAGAAACUAUAACCUCUUUAAGCCCCUCUGGGUCCUCUGGCCCACGGGUGAAGGAUCGUCUCCGAAACUGCGCCAAAACCUCUUCGUCCUCGCCGCCAUCGACACGAUGAUGUUCGGCGUCGCCAUGGGCACCAUGCAAAUCAUCAUCAUAUACGCCGAGUACCGUUUCGGUUGGUCCGCGGUCGACUCGUCGAUGUUUCUCUCUGCGGUGAAUGUCUGCCGCGUGCUGGGUCUCGUUUUGCUGCUCCCACUUCUGACACGCAUUUUCCGCGGCCCAGCUGUGUCUCAGUCGGCUGGCCACAAGGGAGCGGAUAUGCUCGACAUCAAUAUCAUCCGGGGGACCAUCCUGUUCGAUCUACUAGGGUACAUUGGCUACGCGCUCACCCCGAGUGGUACCAUCAUGGUUGUGUCCGGGAUGAUUGCGUCCUUAGGUGGGAUCGGAAGUCCUACUUUGCAGAGUGCCUUGACCAAGCAUAUCCCCGCCGACCGAACGGGGCAAGUCCUGGGUGCGAGCGGGCUGUUGCAUGCGCUGGCCCGGGUCGUCGCACCAACAAUUUUCAAUUUGAUCUACCGUCAGACUGUGGGCAUAUACGCGGGGAUCGUGUUUUUGUGUCUUGCAAGUAUUUUUGUGAUCGUUUUCGUGCUGAGCUGGUUUCUUAGACCGAAUGUAUAUCUGCAUGAAGGGUCGAGGGUUGAUCUUGACGAGGGUGCAGACGAGCAUGACGAGCGACAUGCAUGAGAUACGGGUGUGUAGGACAAUGUACGAUGGUCCGUGGAUGGUUGUAUAUCCUUUUGCUGCUGUCAGCUAUUUGUGCGUUGGUCGACGUUUGGACUCCGUAUAGCGACUGGGAUAGAAUUUUGCAGCGAUAUUUGGAUGUUGAGGGUCUUGGUCCGACAAACUUGAUGUGUAUUAUGAGCGUGCCAUCCAGGAAUGGGUAUCUAAGGUAAACAAAUGCUUGAGAUCAUUCUCGUAUACUAUCACAAUUUGAAUGCAUCUAUUCCAUAUAAA